GUGCAGCGGGCUCCCCAAGAUGGCGGCUGAUGUGGUGGUGCUGGAGGAGCGGAAAGAGCGGCGGGGAGACUUGACGGGGCGUCGGCGGUGAUCGGGGGGGAGGGGUGUUUCUUCCUUUGCGCAGAGCCGCUGACGGAGAAGAGCGAGCGGAGGAGCCCCCAAGAUGUGGGACGAAGCAGGAGGUUCCGUGACUUUGCUGUGUCUCACGGCCAGCAGCGGAGUGCCUUUGUAUUGCAGGAGCCGAGGUGGCUCUUCCAAGCAGCAGCUUCCAUUCUCUGUGAUUGGCUCCCUGAAUGGGGUUCAUAUGUUUGGCUCCAACCUGGAUGUCCUACUGACAGCUGCCUGUACAGAGAAUACUCGAGUGGUGUGGAAAGUGUUUCAUAACAGCAUCACCCUCAUUGUCCUGUCCUCAGAUGAAGGUGCCAGUGACUUCAGCCUUGGAAGACUCCUUGAAAAUGUCUUCAGUGCCAUGGUGCUGGUGUUGGGCUUGGAGGAGCUGGUGAAUGCACGCAACAUUGAACGUCUCAAAAAAGACCUGAAGGCAUGUUACAAAUUGAUUGACAGUUUCCUGGAGCCCGGCAAAUGCAGUGCUGACCUGACCCAGUGUGUGGAAUGUACAAUGGUGCCCUCCAGGGCAAUACUGCAGGAGUGCCUGGAAGUCUUUGCCUCUGCAGCAGAGUCGCGGUUUGGCAGCCUGCUUGUGGGCGGUCAGGUGCUGUGUGCAACAGAGCAGUGGUGGCAGCUGGCAGCCUCGGAGGCCAUGCUGCUGGUGUGGCUGGUGCGCUCGUUGCCCCCUCACACCUCCCGCGAUCUGCCCGUUUACCUUCCUCAUGGAAGCCCCACGGUCCCCCACCGCUUCUUGACCCUGCAGCUCGUGCCUGGUUUGGAGGUGCUGCUGCUGUGUGGGCCUAAGCCCUCCUUACAGUUCUUGGCUGAUGAGUUAGUGAAGCGAUUUUGGCAGCCGCUGCUGGAUCUUCUGAAGGCAAGUGCCAGAGCCCCUCCUCGGUGCCUGCCUCCUGGCAUCGCUCUUGCCCCUGGGAUCCUGGGGCUGUUGCUGAUCAACCAAGAUCAGAGGAAAAGCCUCUUCACCGUGCAGCCUCAGGGCACUUCAGUUGAAGGAUCUGAGAUGCCCCUGAAAAAUCGCCUCUCUGCCCUUCGCUCCUUCUAUUCCCUCACUGUCUCCUUGUACUUCCCCUGUGAGAAGUUUGAAGAGAGUGCAGUCCCUCUGCAGGAGGAGUUCCAGGCUGGUUUCUCCCACUGUCCUCAGCACUGUUACCUGGUCUACUCUACAUACAAGGCCUAUGCCAUCCAUGGGAAGCGGCACCAGCUGUUCCUGAUUGUGAAGCCAGAUGUGCCUACCUUUGCUCUGCGGUCUCUGGCAACCAGCACCCUCCAGACCCUCACAGCUGAGGACUCGGCCUUCUGAGUGGAUGUUGCCUACUGGACUCCCAAGAUGAGAUGUGGGCACUGAGACAGAGCCCUUGGACCUCCCAUGCAAGCUGUGAUUACCCUGCAUUGGACCAGCCUGGAUUGGGGGGGGGCAGGAGAGAUUAUGCAGAGAAGAGUUAAUCCACUCACUCCCUGCUCUUUAUGGAAGUGAGAGGCUGCUGGGUUAGCAAUGGCGAUGAGUACCAGUUUAGGUCUUGCAUUAUCUUUUCCUCACUCUUGGGAGGAAAAAAUGGAAAGCCACCAUUGUCUAGACAUGUUUGUAUUAAGGCAUCAGUGUGGCUGGCAGGGCGGGCAGGAAGACCAAUAUCAGGGGCAGCCAGGUAAAUUCUAGUUGUGUCUCCCAUUCUCCUCCCUGAGUUCCACAAGGGCAACAGUGAAACUGAGGAGGAAGCUGGUAGCCAAUACUUCACCCUGGAAUGGUUGGCGUAAGAAGGCAGACAGGUGGGGCAGUGCCCUAAUAAACCAGUCUCUGCUGGAAGGCAUAUCAGUUCAAAUGCUGCAUCCAUAAAAUUUGUUUGUACCUGA